AACGACAGCGAUUUUGGAGUGAAAAAAUAUAACGGGGAAAAGAAUGAGAGGAAUUUGGAUAGCAGACAAGGGAAAGAGAACAAGAGGAUAUUGGAAGCAGAGAAAUAUACCGGCGCAGAGAAUGAGCGAAGUUCAGCAAUGCAAAAAUACAGUGGGAAAGAGAAUGAGAUAGAAAAGAUAGAGUGUGGGAUUCGAGAGAGUGCAGAGAACAAAAAUAAGACGAGAUUGAAGGCAAAGCAAAACAACUGGCAAGAGACUGGGCUGGAAAAGAGAGAGCGUGUAAAUGAUGAGGUGGUUUCUGGGAAAAACACUGGUAAAGAUGCAGAGCAUUUAAAAAGAGUUGAGCCAAAGAAUGAUGCGGUGAAUCGUAAUAUAACUGAAAUUGAAGAGACGGCAGAGAAUGAGAUUAAGGGAAAUAUUGAAGCGGAGUGUGUGGCAGACGACGAGUGGAUUUUCGAGCUACUUGGUGAGUGUAAUGAAUAA